AUGGGGCUUAAGUGGGAACAGCUCAAAGAGCGGCUGCAAGUGCCGAAAGAUGAGGACUCGUACUACGACAACACCAGGUGGUGUAACCGGGAUCUUAUCCCCAUGCCGCCAGAGAGACGGACCUGGGGUAUCUGGGGAUAUUGUGGAUAUUGGACUGUCUCAGGAUCCUGCAUUUCGGCAUGGUCGACAGGAAGCACGCUACUGGCCUUUGGGCUCAGCCCACAACAAGCAAUCGGCGUCGUGAUCUUGGGAGGUGUCCUGACUGGUCUUUUGGCCGUGGCCUGUGGCUGGAUGGGUGAGAACCAUCACAUCGGCUUCACCGUGUCGUCGCGGUUCUCCUGGGGCAUGCAGGGAAGCUACUUCCCGGUCGUGCUUCGUAUCUUUGUUGCUUGCAUGUGGUUCGGAAUGCAAGCAUACUGGGGAGGUCAAGCUACGAGAGUGCUAUGGGGUGCUAUCAUUCCAGGCUUUGCACACAUGAAGAAUUUCUUCAGUGAAGGCUCACACCUCUUGACAAACGACUUUAUCGGAUUGCUCAUCUGGAUGGCCGCUUUCAUUCCGCUCGUCUUAGUCCGCCCCGAGCGUCUGCAGGUGCCCUUUGCGAUCUCCUUCGUCCUCUUUGCCGGGUCCUGCUUUGGUAUGCUCAUAUGGGCCGUCCACGUUGCAGGAGGAGCUGGUCAAAUGUUUCAUGAGCCGGGAUCAACCGACAAUGUGGGCUGGGCGUUCAUGUUUGGCAUCACGGCCAUUUUAGGCGCCUGGGGAGCUGGAACCCUGGGACAAUCGGACUGGACGAGGUAUGCCAACCGGAAAUUCGCGCCGACACUGUCGCAGUUGGUUGCGGCUCCAAUUACUAUCGCUGUCACUGCCAUCAUUGGCAUCAUCGUCACCAGCGCUUCCAAGGACAUUCUGGGAGAUAUCGUCUGGAACCCUAUCUACCUGUUGGCCGAUAUCCAGGAGGAAUACCACUCCAGCCCGCGAGCCAGAGCAGGUGUGUUCUUUGGCAGCUUGGGUCUCGUCAGUUCACAACUCGCGAUCUCUGUUGUGUUGAACUCUGUGUCGACCGGUAUGGACAUGGCUGGUCUGUGGCCCAAAUACAUCAACAUCGUGCGUGGAAGUUAUAUCAUGGCGGUGAUUGGUAUUGCCACCCAGCCAUGGCAACUUUUGAACACGGCCGACAAGUUCCUCAAAGUGCUAAGUGGCUUUGGCGUGUUUAUGGCGCCUGCGACUGGCGUCAUGCUUGCUGACUAUCACGUCGUCCGCCGCGCCAAGCUCAAGCUCAACGACUUGUACACGGGAGACAGCUCGUCGAUCUACUGGUUCAACAAGGGUGUGAACUGGCGUGCCAUAGUGGGGUUCUUUUCUGGCGUGUGGCCGUUGUUGCCUGGCCUCGUGGGAACCGUCAACAACAAGACAGACGCGUCCUUUGUCGGCUGGAUCCGCCUGUACAACCUCACCUUCAUCGUCGGCCUGGCGAUCAGCUUCUUUGUCUUCUGGGGCCUGAACGUCUUGUUCCCGCCGCCCGGAUUGGGCGAAGAGGCUCCCUUCGUCGAAGACGACGUCCUGUACGGAGUGCACGAGCAUGAGCGCAGCUCCGAGAGUACGGAUGAGAAGAACGUGGCCUUCAACGGCGGUGAUUCCAAGCAAGGUGCUGUGGCGACGGUUUCCGUCUAG